AUGAAGUUCUCCAUCUCCGCUGCCGUCGUGGCCCUUGCUACCACCGUCGCUGCUCUCCCUCCUGCUGUCGCCAACGGUGCUGGCAACGGCGUCGGCAACAAGGGCAACAGCCAGGUCCGCUUCCCCGUUCCUGGCGACGUCACUGUCAAGCAGGCCUCCGAGAAGUGCGGUGACCAGGCCGAGCUCUCUUGCUGCAACAAGGCCACCUACGCCGGUGACACCACCAACGUUGACGAGGGUAUCCUUGCUGGUGCUCUCAGCAACCUGAUCGGUGCUGGCUCUGGCAGCGAGGGUCUCGGUCUCUUCGACCAGUGCUCCAAGCUCCCUCUGCAGAUCAACAUCAUCGAUAUUGCUCUCAACGACCUGGUCAACCAGCAGUGCAAGCAGAACAUUGCUUGCUGCCAGAACUCCCCCAGCGAUGCCAGCGACGACCUCAUCGGCCUUGGCCUUCCUUGCAUUGCCCUCGGCUCCAUCAUCUAA